UCUGCGUACAGCCAAUGUGUUUCUUUCCUGCACAAAGGUGAGGUAGGCUGAUCAGGGUGGACAUCAAUCAAAUGUGAUACAGAGGAGCUGUAAUAAAGGUUCUUGUUUGAGGUGAAUCGGUAACAGGGACAGAUAUUCAAGUGCUUCAGAAGUUCACAGAGGAAGUGCACCUCCAACUAUCAUCAUGGAUUGGAAGAUGUUUCAAAGCCUCCUCAGUGGAGUGAACAAGUACUCCACGGGAUUUGGGAGGAUCUGGCUGUCCGUGGUGUUUGUGUUCCGGGUGUUGGUGUUCGUGGUCGCUGCCGAGCGCGUGUGGAGCGACGACCUGAAGGACUUUGACUGCAACACAAAGCAGCCCGGCUGCCCCAACGCUUGCUACAACUACUACUUCCCCAUCUCACACACCCGACUGUGGGCGCUGCAGCUUAUCUUCGUCACCUGUCCCUCCCUGCUGGUGGUGAUGCACGUAGCCUACCGAGAAGACCGCGAACGUAAGUACCAGUUGAAGCAUCCCGAAGGAGCAAAGCUUUACGACAACACGGGUCAGAAGCACGGAGGCUUGUGGUGGACGUACCUCCUCAGCCUCUUCUUCAAAACGGGCAUCGAGGUCACCUUCCUCUACCUGCUUCACCUCAUCUACCACAGCUUCUUCCUGCCCCGCCUUGUCAAGUGUGACGUCAGCCCCUGCCCCAAUCACGUGGACUGCUACGUUGGACGCCCCACCGAGAAGACGGUCUUCACCUACUUCAUGGUGGGGGCCUCGGCCUUCUGCAUUGUGCUGAACGUCUGCGAGAUCGUCUACCUGAUCGGCAUGCGCAUCUACCACCUGGUUCACAAGGGCAGCAAGAAAUUUCCCCGUGACAGGUGCAAGGACGAAGACUGCAGCGAAUGCAAUGAGCCAGUCACCCACCUGGAUUCCAAGCCGGGCUCCCGGCCAGGAGAGGAGAUGCCAGCGUUGGCCCCAAACCUCUCCUUCAAAUGUUAGGCUCCCCUCAUUCUUUCCACAGACUCAAAAACUGCCCUUGUAAAUUUUUCAACAGAGCAAUUGUUCAAUAUGA